AUGAUAUAAGAAGAAGGAUAAUAGAAACUAUCUAACUAAAUUAAAAUAAUAUGCUAAGUCAAUCCAAAUAUUUCUCCAAAUACUUUUUCAAAAAUUUAAAAGUAAUGCUUUUAUCGCUAUAUUAACUCUCAUGACUCAGGUAUAUAAAUACCUACUUAGUAACAAAGUAAAUAAAAAAAGUGCUUAAUCCGCUAAAUAAAUAAUAGCAUAUAAAAUGACUAAUCAUCACAAUUUACUUAAUAUACUAAAGAAUUCUAUUCUAAUGAAUUCAUUAAAAACUUUAAUAACUAAAACCUGGCCUAGAAAAAGAUGUUGUCUAAAACCAUAAAAAAAGAAAAAAGAACUACCUAAUCAUCAUCAUCAUAAUAAACUGAGAUGACAUUACGAAAUGGUUAAUUUACUAAUUAAUAAUUGGUACGUACUAUGACAGACUAUUUACAUUCAAUAAAACCGCAAUUCUUGAAUUUAUUUUCAAGCUACUCAGAUGAAGCUAUUAUGUUGAAUGUUAAGGAAGGUUGCUAAAAUUCUCUUGAAACAUUUGUUUAAUAACUUUUUAGGAAAUUUUAUAUAGCAGCAAUUAUAAAGCUAAAAGGCAAGAGUAAAAUUUUAAGUUCUUUUUAGAAUAAUAAAAACAAAAAACAGUUUAAGAACAAUAAUGAACAGAAAAAUAGAUCUAAAGCUCAAAAGCAGAGCGAAUACCACAAUUUCAAAAAUAGCCUUAUGAAUAUUAUCACUUAAUUAGUUUGCCCUAAAAUCUUGGAUUGUUUUGAUCUUAGCCAAUAUGAAAAAAAAUAAUUAAUUGAAGUAAUAUUAAGAGUAAGAGAAAAUUCAGUAAGAUUUAGACCUUCUAAAGGUAAGUAUUAUUACUAUUCAAAUUUACACUAUAACCUACUGUUCUUAAAGUAUAAUGAUAAUUGUUAUGAAUCAAAGCGCAAUUUUAUAAACCAGGACUUACAUCUAAAAGUAUUUAAGUUAGAUGUUUAAGAAUUUCAAAAUGCAAAUUUUAUUGAUAUAGUAAAAGUUAAUCGUUUGAAAUCUAUCUUUGGUUAAAUAAUAAUCGAAUGUCUCAAGAUUGCAGAAAACUAGAUUUCUGGAAAUUCUAAAAAUAAAAUUAAUAAAAUUUAAAAUGAGGAACUAGAAAGUCGCUAUUUUUACAUUGGUAAAGUAAAGAAAGGAAUAUAAAAGUUAUUGAGAGGUAAAAAAGUAAAAAGAUUUUGA